AUGCCCGGCGGAUCCGUCGCGAUCUUCCGAACUCUCCCAAUUGCGAGGCCCAUCGAGAAGCCGGACAAGGGGUGUCCCGAUUUUAUGAGACUAGUACGAGUGGGCCAGUGCGCCCCGACAUCCCUGACCCGCGCUGGGGACCGCACAGAAACCGCACAGCAUAAUCCAAUCAAGGCCACUGAAACGCGCCCGACAAGAAGCGGACGAGAGUCUGGGGGGCAGUUGACCUCGUCCCCCCAGCAAGGAAACGUCCACACGUCAACAAGCCUACUCCACGCCUACUCCAGAAGCCAGGCAGCCAUUCCGGCGACCAUGGCGACCCAGCUCCAGUUUGCCCAGGUCGCCACGCACAAGCUCGUUCUCGGGUUCCACCAACAGGGCGCGGGCGAUCGGUGCGCGAUCGCCAGGUUUGACAACCGGUACUCUCUGGUGCAGUCCUUCACGGGUUCCGAGGAGAGAGUCCACGCGUCGCUGGCAACCCUAGACGCCAACGGCGGCACGCGCUUCCGCGACUCGAUCUGCGACUUCGUGGACUACUUCCGGACGUCCGGGCGGCGCGACCGCCCGUGGCUCAUCAUCGUCAUCACGGACGGGGACGACAACGGGAGCACGCGGUCCGUUUUCAACGCCGGGCAGUACCUCUUGUCCCGCUUCAACCACGAGCAGAAUAAUUUUAUGUUUACCAUCGGGGUCGGUGAUGACGUGGAUAACCGGGCGCUUGAGGCGCUGGCAAAGCAGGGCGGGUACAACCACGUCGGGCUCGAGUCGUUCGAGCUGUUGGAGGCGCUGUUCCAAAUCAUCGCGGCGCAGGUGGUGCAGUCAAUCACGGGGGUGGUGGGGCAAAUUGACGGGAAGACGUUCAGUCUGGUUGGAGCAGAGGAGACGCUAGUCCGGCAGGGCAUCGACUACGGCUUCCUCAUUGACUGCUCUGGUUCGAUGGGUUCGAUCGUGGGUCGCUCUAGACAGUCAGUGCGGCCACAGCCGCUGCUGAUGGCCCCGCCGCCAGCUCAGCAGCCAGCCUGCUGUUCAAUCCUGUAGUAAGAGCCUCGUGAAGAGCAAAGCCUUUGUGACGCUUAAGUCUGCAGUGCUGCAAUAUAAGGAGAUAUCGACAUAAAUUCUGGUCAGUCUUUUGAGUUGGGAGGCAGCGUCCACGCAAACAUGUAUAUGUAACUUGUUUAGAAUCAAGCCAGGUUGAUCGGCCUGUGGUCUACAUUGGAAAGUCUACAGGGGCGAUUGCUUGCAUCCUAAAUUUAGGCUUCUAAGGACCUAGGACGGGUGCGGCCGACUUCGGUUGCUUCCAUUGCUGAACGGGCACUGUUCGAGAGUGAUUUCGGACGCGUGCUUUCAUUGUAUACUGUCUGAAUCAACCUGAUAAUAUCCACAAUCUUUGAAUCCAUUCCCAGAAUAUGCGCUCUACCAUACGAUGGGAAAGAACAGGCAGCGCGGCGGCUUUAGUAAAUGAUGCACAUGUUCUCACCAGUCC